UAUUGUUAAAUCUAUACUGUCAAUUAUUAACGUGUUCAAUAAUUUCUUUUUAUUUUUAUAAUUCAUAAUUAGAUAAUGAAUGAAGAAACUGUGUGGCAAGAAUUAUCAGAAAUAUUUGCUGAUCCUCCUGAAACAAGAGAUAAAUGCUUACAGUGCAAGAGACCAGUACCAGUAUGUUGGUGUCCAGGGUUACCAAAACAUCCUAUAUGUCCUGCAUCAAAAAUAAUAAUUUUACAACAUCCAGCUGAAGCAAAACGUUGCUUAAGAACGGCACCUAUGCUUGCUCUAGGAUUAGAACCUGGAAAAUGUAUAAUUUAUAGAGGAAAAAAAUUUCCACUUUCAAAACAUGAAGGCCUAACAGAAAUUUUAAAUGAUAAAAAUAGUAUAUUAUUAUAUCCAUCUCCAGAUGCCAUAGCACUUAAUAAAUUAAAUCCUGUUGGAAUUAAUGGACAGAAACCUUAUAAUCUUAUUUUAUUAGAUGGAACUUGGCCACAAGCAAAGGCAAUAUAUCAUUCAAGUCCAGCAUUAUGUGUUUUACAAGCAUGUAAAUUAGUUGGAGUUCCAACAAGUGAAUAUGUUAUUAGAACACAACCAACUGAAGGUUGUUUAUCUACACUUGAAACUGGUGCAUUUGCACUUUCUAUUUUAGAAAAUGAUCCAGAAUUGAAAGAUAAAAUGCUUGGACCAUUACAUUAUCUUUGCCGAUUUCAACUAGAAAAUGGUGCUGUAACUCAUCAAAGUAAAGAAUUUUUAAUUAAACAAAAAGCUUAUCCAAAACUUAUAGGACGGAGAUUAGCUAAGCAAUUACGUAUGCUGCCAGAGGAAUCUACAUGACAUUUUUUAUUUAAUAGUUCUUAGAAAGUUGAUAUUUUAUAAGAAAUAUGUAAUUUUUAUAGCCAUAUUUUUGAAAAAUACAAAGAUACAAAUAAGAUAAACGAAUAAUAUUUUUAA